AAAGAAUUGUUAGAUGAGGAAGGUGCUGGACCAUUUAUUUUUGGAAAUUUUUGGAUGUUGGAAGGCUUAUCUGAUGAGACAAUUGAUAAGCUCAAUAUGAUAAGAUUAGAUAAUGAAUAUAGAAAGCAAAAAAUACAUGAUGAACAACUUGAUCCUGAUUAUCUUCUUCAACAUCCAGAAUUACAACCAACUGAUUGGUAUAGUUCAUAUCUAGCUGUAAAACAGAUGGCAAAGGAUAGAAAAGAAUUAGAAAACAGAUUGAAAUACAUUCCUGAAAAAAGAUUCUAUCCAAAGAAUUUUUAUUUUUAUAGUGAUUCUGGUUCAGGAAAGACAAUGAUUAUUCAAAGAAUUGUCAAAGAACUCGCAAAAGGACGAGAAGCUUGCAAGAAGGCGAAUGUUCCAAAAUAUUUUGAUAAUUAUAACAAUAACGAGAUUAUUUACAAGCAUGAACUGUCACAUAACACUUGGAAGUUUCAGGAUCUAUUAAAUCUUUCACAAGAUCCAUUUCAUGAUAUUUUUACUUUUAGAAAGCGUGUAUUUGAUCACGAAGAAAUUAAAAGCUCAGAGUCAAAAAUUGCAUUGUAUAGAAGAUUUUCAAAAUCGCGAGUUUAUACACAUGGUUAUAUCAUAGAAAUGUUGGGUCGAUACAAAGAAGGAGUAGUUAAUUUUAGAAUCGAUUGGUUAAAACCAUAUCAGACAGGUGAUUUGUUAUAUUUUAUUAAUGGUAGAUUCGAUAUUAAAUUUGCAGAAGAUAUUAGUUUGGAAGAGGCAAAGAGAUACGUUUACGAUGAUAAUUUUGACAAUUGGUAUGAGCAAGAUGGUUAUAUUUUUAUGAAACGGGAAAUUAAUAUGAGUUACGUAUUAGGUGGUAUUGUCGCAAAUGUAGAUUUAGACAGAAAAAUAUUUACUGUCUACAAUGAAUUUUGGAAUUCUGAGCUCCCAAAAAAUAUCAUUAUUCCAGAUAAUAUAGAAUCAUUGCAUAAGAAUUUACAUCAAAAAUUGCAUUAG